GAGAGUUGGGGCUUUUUGUCAUUGGUGAUUUCCUUCUAGAAGCUCUGGGAAAUAGAAGAGGUUGGGUGGGACUUUCAGGAUAAAACCAAAGAGAAUCUAUACAGUACCUGCUGGAGAUAGUACUUGUUUGGAACUGCUUUAUCUGAAACAGGGAAUAAUUGCCUUUUUGGAGCAUUUGUGAAAGCUGGCCAUUAGCAUCUAAUCCUUUUGCAGUAUGCCGUCACAACUGGAGGGUGCAAUGGAUACCUUAAUCAGAGUCUUUCAUCAUUACUCUGCAAAAGAAGGGGACAAAUACAAACUCAAUAAAGGAGAACUCAAACAACUUCUCACCAGCGAACUUACUGAUUUCCUUGCGUGUCAAAAGGAUCCCCAGCUGGUUGAUAAGAUCAUGCAUGAUCUUGAUAUUAACAGAGAUAAUGAAGUGGAUUUUAAUGAAUUUGUGGUUCUGGUUGCUGCUUUGACUGUUGCGUGCAAUGAUUUCUUUGAGGAGCAAAUGAGGAAAAAGGGAGAUUAGAAAUGGCCAAAAUUACCUUUUGGAUGUGAUGGGAGAGAAUAACUUCAGCUGAAGUAGAUUUCAUCUCUUCUGUUCCCACAUUUCCCUUGGUACUGAUGUAUGGCAUUCCUUUCUCUUCUAAUAGUAUAUGUUUUCUCAACAAUAUUGUCAUUUUUUUCUUUUAUAUCAGUGCAUGUAAACAGCUUAAUCAUAAGUGAAGUGCAUUUGGUAAGUCUGUCAAUUUAGCAUUUGUAAACACAAGUGGGGAUGUAAAUACAGUUAGUAUACGUAUUGGAUUUAUUUCCAUAUUAGAUUUGAUAUUGUUGCAUGCCACCUUGUCACCUUGAUAAACAGGACUAGAUCCUAGAGAAAGAUGGAAUAGAAGUUCAGAGCCCCAGAUAACUGUCUGAAAGGGUUGUUUUGGGAGGGUGGGAGUAGUGGUUUCUUCUUGAGCUUAAGCACACCAUUUUGUGUUUAAUUUGUGGAGAUGGCUAUGGUGGGAUUACACAGCCUUUCCACAGUUGAGGCAUUGCGCAGCAUGUUGUAAGAUGGCUAACACAGAAAUUUUGCUGUUUGAUGAUACAUCAUAGCUCAAAUAUAGUACCAGCAAAGAGCAACCAUUUCCCCAGAUGCUGCCAGCAGACUUUAAAGAUAUGAGGAAAAUUCAGCAACUGAUCAGCUCUUCUCUCUGGUGAAAAUUUAUAGUAUAAAUAUUGUCUACUAAAGCUUUUUUAGUUGGUGGCACUCUUGCAAAAUGGCAGCCAUAGAAGGUGUAAUCAGUCCCAAAAUAUCAAUGCACUGGAAAGAACUUUGGAGAAAAGCUGCCCCACCCUUUUAACUCCCAAGGAUCUCCCUAGCAGCUCUCCUUUUGCUGCUGCUUGCCUGUUUGUUUGGCAAGAAUGCAUCCUUCUAAGCCAAACCCUGGGAUGCAGCCACCUAAUCUUCCUACAUUCUGGAAAUUUAUUUUUAUUUUAUUUAUUUACUUAUUUAUAUCCCACCUUUAUUAUGCUUAAGGAAUCCCAUACAGGCUUUGUUGAGAAUAAAGAUGAUGCUGGUAAUUACUCUAUAACAUAUUCCCCAUUUAUUUAUUUCGAAUUAAGGGAAUCUUUUAAAUAGUAAAAGUCAUGAAUGACAGGAAUAAUGGUAUACACCAACCAGCACUCACUCUUUGGACACAAUGAUGCCCUUUAGCAUCAGAUAGGUUACCUGUAAUUUAAUCCAAUGCCAACAAACGCAUUCCUUACUUCAUCUGACUGAGAUAGAAUCCGCUAACAGGCUUAGCCUUAGUGGAAGUUUGGAGAGUGAAAGGGAAAUAAGUUUAUAAAACUAUGACGCCACUCUGGCUUCUUACAGACACUUGUGGACUAGCAUUCAUAGUACCCUCCCAGGGACCUCUGGCUGAAACCUCAAUUUCUUUUCUUGAGAAACUUCCAUACAGUAAUCCCUUUGCAUGCGAAGGCACGUCUGUCACUCUAUUUACAGGAUCCAAAAACAGACUCUCUUUCUCUAUCUUUCUUCCCCCCCCCCCCCGAAUUGUAUUUUUUGAUUAAUUCAGAAUUUUUGGCCUUAGAAUACUGUUGUAAAAAUGGCCUUAAUUUUUUCCUGGUGAAACUUUAUUUCAUUUAUCCUUUUUGAUCAUGUUUUUAAAAUGUGCAAUAAAGUACUAGACAAAUUUU